AUGGGUUAUAAGGGAGGCGACUGUAAUACUCUUGGCGCUGCUUCUGAGGUCCGAGAGGUAGCAUCAGACGGAUUUCAACCCACCCCCCCCUCCUCUCAAUGCCCGCUAGCAAUAAAGCCUAUCCUCCCACGCCAGAUUAAAGUUUCGUUUCUCGUCGUCCCUCCAGAAUUGAAUAUUGAUCCUUGUUCUGUUCCCGGGGGGAUCCUGUAUCCAAUCAGUUCUAACGCUUCGCCCAUACCUCUCUCCGGCAAAGCCUAUUUCUCGCUGCCCAACUACCCCGAACGCUCAGAACCCCCUGACCAACCUAAUUCAAUUCUGAUUUGCAGAUUCAAAACAGAGUCGCGCCAAUUGUAUGAUAUACAAUUUUCGAACGUUAACGGUGCACGUCAAAGGUGGGUGCUGGUUCCCGCCGCGAACGCCUCGAUCUUCUCCAGCCUAGCUCUUAAUAGGGGCUGCCAGCUCGUCGUCAUCCCGAGAACACAUCUCCGCUUGAGAUCGACGCACGUCGCUACAACGAUGUACAUAUUUCAGUUUUCCCGAUAUCGAUCGUUCAUUCCCAUCGCUCCAUUCAACUCGCCUCCACGUCCGAAUAACGGGACAUGGUAUCUCGUGGGCGAAAUCCCUGCGCCGCGUACAAAGGCCCCACUCGGACCGAGACUGCUUAGCCCUCCAUGCGAUGGCUAUCAUAUGCGCGAACACCCGACACCGACACCGACACCGCAGUGUCCAAUCUUCCCCCGCAGUCCCACCAACAACGACGACCCCCCCGCCCUAGUCUAUUCCUCCCAAUAUAGACAUCUCUCCAACACGCCCACCUCUUUGCCCAUUCCCGCUCCCCUAUCCUGGGUAUACGCCCUCACAUACAUAUAUGAACUCGGGAAGGUCGAGCAGGAGAAAGGAAUCGUCGACGUUGAGUUCAAAAGUGCUCCGCCUUCGUUGGCACCGGACGAGUUUCAAAUACCGAUUGAUCUACAAAUCGUCGUUUCAGGUUCCCGCUCCCGCCUCGAUCUUCUCCUCUAA